CGCCAGUCAUCUGCUGGUUCUGCCAUACUGUCACCCUUCGUGUACUGUGUAGUCAGCAGCAACCUCGUGGUGUUGUGAAAAUUUGUGUGUGACAUUCUCCAGGUUAUGUUCAUAACAACUAAAUACCUGAGUUGUUAGUGCUUGUUUUUGGCCUGACCGGUAAAAUCGCUACUUGUAUCUUAGUAAAAGAAACGGCUGAGUGUGUGACGUGCUGUUAGGAGCAGUUUGUCUACGAAGUAAUCUCCUCAUAUACUUCGUGGCUAACGAGAAAAGGCGGACAGUGAAAUUCAAAGGUUGUCCAUACUGUAGAACUGAAGCAAUGGACCAGGAGCCAACUAAGUGGAUAAAAAAAGAGGAAACUGAUGAAGUACAAACUGAGUUCCACUUGAUAGCCCAAGAUUAUCCAUGCAGCAUGAAUGUAAAAGAAGAGUUGGAGGAGGGUGUGAAUAAAGAGUUUCUUGAAGACCCAGUAAAGGCUGGCGACCCUAAUUUUUGUGUAAAGCAAGACCCCGAACUGAAACACCGUGCUGCUGGAUCUGAGCAUAAUUCUGUUGAAGAUCCAUUGGGAAUAUCUUUGGCCACUGAUUUUAUCAAGGAGGAUCCUGAAUUAAAUAUAACUGAGAAUACUGUGGAAACCUCAACAAGAUGUGCAUCUGAUAGUGCAAGAUUUACUCAGACUACUGGUGGGAGUUGCAGCAUAUCAUGUGAAGAAACUUGUCACCAUAGACUGGUCCAGGAUGAGUUGGUGAUAGACAUGGAGAAGUCAACACAUGGGUUCAGUACCAAUAUAGAAGAUGUGACCAUUGAUAAGGAAUGCUCAGUUGCCACCCAAUAUGACUGUAGUACGAGAAAAAAGGAAUUACAUGUAUAUAGCUGUAAUUUCUGCCAACAGAGCUUUUCUUCAAAAUACAGACUCAUAAUGCAUGUGUUUAUGCACAUUGAUGGAACGCAACCACCUUCGCAUGUUUGUAAGUGGUGUGGUGAGGUAUUUCACAGUAAUGUUGGCUUGAAAAAGCAUAUGAGAAUGAGUGAGAAUUGUCAAGUUUUAACUGCUGACAGUCAUGAAAAAUAUGGACAUAGUGAUGAGCAUCAAACCACUACCUCGUUGGAUAUCAAGGCAGACGUUUCUGUCACAGAACACAAUGAACAGUCUUCAUGUAAGGAAACUUGGAAAGAUUCAAAGAAGCCCUCUAAUGACAUAUGUAACACACAUAUGACAAAUGAUAGAGAGAAAACAAGUAAUUAUGGAACUUUGUCUAUAGAUGUUAAUGUCAGUGUCCAGGCUGAUCUACUUACUGCAAACAGAACCGACAGAUGUGGUAUUUGUGGCAAAUUGUUUGCUAGGUCAGGUGAUCUCGAGAAACAUGUUUCCAUUCAUACUGGGAAAAGACUUCACAAAUGUGAUAUUUGUGAGAAAUGGUUUGCGCAGUCACGUUAUCUAAAGGCUCACACAUUAAUUCACACUGGAAAGAAACCUUACAUGUGUGUGAUUUGUGGGAAAUCUUUUACUAAGUCAAGCCAUCUCAAGAAACACGUAUUAAUUCACACUGGAAAGCAACCGCACAAAUGUGAGAUUUGUGGGAAAUCUUUUGCAUUCUCAAGUAAUCUGAUGAUACACAAUAUAAUUCACACUGGAAAUAAACCUUUCAGAUGUGAGAUUUGUGGGAAAUCUUUUGCUAGGGCAGAUCAUCACAAGACACACAUAUUACUUCACACUGGAAAUAAACCUCACAAAUGUGAGUUUUGUGGGAAAUCUUUUAGUGUAUUAGGCAGUCUUAACAAACACAUAUUGAUUCACACUGGAGAGAAACGUCACAAAUGUGAGAUUUGUGGGAAAUCUUUUGCUGCGUCAGGCUAUCUCAAGAAUCACGUUUUAAUUCACACUGGAAAUAAACCGCACAAAUGUGAGAUUUGUGGGAAAUCUUUCACUAUGUCAAGCCAUCUGAAGAAACACGUAUUAAUUCACACUGGAAAGCAACCGCACAAAUGUGAGAUUUGUGGGAAAUCUUUUACUAUGUCUGCUGAUCUCAAGAAACAUGUAUUAAUUCACACUGGAAUUAAACCUCACAAAUGUGAGAUUUGUGGGAAAUCUUUUGCUAGGGCAGAUCAUCGCAAGAAACACACAUUACUUCACACUGGAAAUAAACCUCACAAAUGUGAGAUUUGUGGGAAAUCUUUUACUAUGUUUGGUGAUAUCAAGAAACAUGUAUUAAUUCACACUGGGAUUAAACCUCACAAAUGUGAGAUUUGUGGGAAAUCUUUUGCUAGGGCAGAUAAUCGUAAUGCACAUACAUUAUUUCACACUGGAAAUAAACCUCACAAAUGUGAGAUUUGUGGGAAAACUUUUACUAUAUUAGGCAAUCUUAACAAACACAUAUUAAUUCACACUGGAAAGAAACCUCACAAAUGCGAGAUUUGUGGGAAAUCUUUUGCUGCGUCAGGCUAUCUCAAGAAUCAUGUAUUAAUUCACACUGGAAAGAAACCUCACAAAUGUGAGAUUUGUGGGAAAUCUUUUGCUAGGGUAGAUCAUCGCAGGAAACACACAUUAUUUCACACUGGAAAUUAUCCUCACAAAUGUGAGAUUUGUGGGAAAUCUUUUACUAUAUUAGGCAAUCUUAACAAACAUGUAUUAAUUCACACUGGAAAGAAACCUCACAACUGUGAGAUCUGUGGGGAAUCUUUUGCUACAUCAGGUGAUCUCAAAACACAUGCAUUUGAACACACUGGAAGUGGACCUCACAAAUGUGGUAUCUGUGACAAAAGUUUCACUUACUUAGAUACUCUCAAGACACAUGCAUUACUUCACAUCAGAAAGAAAACGUAAGUAUGUGUUAGUUUACGCAAAUAGGUUUUUGUGGUUAGUGCCCUCAAGGCCUAUAAAAUAAUGUAUGUACCAGGGGACAAUAAAUUGUACUUUCGGUGAAAUAACUUUAAAAUCUGGUUGAAUUGUAAAAGAACUUGUAAUGAUGUGUACUAUAGAGCGCUAACAGAUAAUGUGACAAAAAAUUCAUAUCUGUAGCUCCAGAUGUCAAGAUAUGGUAUUACCAAAUACCCAAGAAACACGAAUCAAAUGUGUUUUUGUCAUUAGCCCUGCUGCUUUUUCCUAUUGAUCUUGCGACAAGAAGAUUGUGAAUUGUGAUAAAUCUUUACAUUUGUCAGUAAUCAUAAGUAUCUAGCAAUAUUCAGUAUAAGGCCACGGAAAUGUGAUGACUUGCUGCUUAAUAUUCCAAACAAAGUCAUCAUGUAGUACUUGUAACUCUGUAUUUUAGAAACAGUGAGAGCAAAAAUAUAUUCAUGGCACUUGCUUCAUUGAGGCUCAAUACUGGGGAAAUGUGAUUAUAACAAUUAUUUUACUCAGUUAUGUUUUCUCAAGAGACUUGGUGUGUCAUUAAUAGUGUGUACAUUUAUGUUCUGUUGGUACUAAUCCUGCAUUAAUAAACAUAACAACAAAUAUAAUAACCUGCUUAAUAGCAUGUUUGGCCACCUUUGGAAUACAGUACUUUGACAAUUCUACAUGAUAUGGACUUGACACAUCAUUUACAUGCUUCUGGGUGUAUGUUGCACCAGUUGUAUUCCACACGUUCAGAUUAGCUAAACGGUAUGGUCAAGACAUCAGUGUUAGUUACCAUGCUACUCAGACCAUGCACAUGUGACAUGGACAAUUAUCCCGCUGAAAGAUGCCUCCACUAUGGGAGAGCACACCAGGAA